AGCCCUGAAGAGAAUGUUUUUUUCUUCAGUAAAUUAACAUAUUCCUGGUUUAGCAGACUAAUAUCUAUAGGCUAUAAGAAGCCAUUGGAAAGGGAUGACCUGUUUGAACUGAAUGCAAGUGAUUCACCGUACAGUGUGUGUCCUAACUUUGAAAAGCAGUGGAGAAAAGAAAUCCAGAAGUCUGCUACAGGAUUCAUGGCUUCUUGCAUCAAAAGAGUGCUAUUUAAGAAAACAUGUUUCCAUAAACCAUCUUUGGUUUUGCCAUUGUGGCAAACAUUUAAAUUCUUAUUGAUUAAAGUUGCAUUUCUGAAAGUUGCAGCUGAUAUUCUGGCUUUCAUGAGUCCACAGAUAAUGAAAGCUAUGAUAAUGGUCAGUGAAAAUCAUCCUAGGUCAUAUGGGAGUGGAUGUGGCUAUGCUGUUGCCCUGUUUUUUGUAGUUCUCUCGCAGACUCUUCUCCAUCAGUUAUACCAGCGUAACAACAUGCUUACUGCAGUCAAAAUCAAGACUGCAGUUGUUGGCCUGAUAUACAAAAAGGCCUUAACUUUAGCAAAUUCCUCACGACGAAACUAUACAACUGGGGAAAUUGUUAACCUGAUGUCAGCAGAUGCUCAGCAACUCAUGGAGCUGGCUGUAAACAUCAACCUGUUGUGGUCAGCACCUUUUCAGGUCAUCAUGGCUGUCAUCUUUCUCUGGAAAGAACUUGGCCCCUCAGUCUUAGCAGGUGUUGCACUGCUGCUUUUGGUUAUACCUAUAAAUGCACUCAUUGCAGCCAAAGUAAAAAGACUGAAGAAAAGCCAAAUGAGGUAUUCAGAUCAACGAGUCAAGCUACUAAGCGAAAUGUUACAUGGAAUAAAGAUCCUCAAACUUUAUGCCUGGGAACCUGCAUAUCAAAAGAAGGUCAUGAGCAUUAGAGAACGUGAAGUGGAUGUUUUGAAGUCAUCUGGGUAUUUGGCGACUUACUCCAUGCUAACAUUGACGUGUAUUCCUUUUAUGGUCUCAUUGGCAACAUUUGGAGUCUUCUUUCAUCUAGACAAAGAGAAUGGUUUAACGGCAACUAAAGUUUUUACAUCUAUUUCUUUAUUUAACAUUUUGCGACUGCCUUUGUUUGAUUUACCAUCUGUGAUCUCUGCUGUAGUCCAGACCAAAGUUUCUCUGAGCCGUUUAGAGGAUUUUCUGUGUGCUAAGGAUCUUAACCCUGAGGAUAUCGAUACAAACUACAGUGGAAAUCAUGCUAUUGGGUUUAUUGGUGCUUCUCUCCGCUGGGAAAAAAAUGGCCUGCCAGUCUUAAAAAACUUGAGUGUCAGCAUUCCUGAAGGCUCUUUAGUUGCUGUUGUGGGACAGGUUGGAUCUGGAAAGUCGUCUUUUCUUUCUGCUGUUCUUGGAGAAAUGGAGAAACUCGAAGGAACAGUUCAGAGAAGAGGUUCAGUGGCAUAUGUUUCUCAGCAGGGUUGGAUUCAAAAUAACAGUCUACAGGAAAAUAUUCUCUUUGGUGCAACUCUAAAUAGGCCAUACUAUGAACUUGUUUUAGAGUCUUGUGCUUUACUGCCAGAUUUGGAGCAGUUACCGAAUGGAGACCAAACAGAGCUUGGAGAAAGGGGUGUUAAUAUAAGUGGAGGGCAGAAGCAGAGAGUAAGUCUUGCUAGAGCUGUGUACAGCAAUGCUGACUUGUAUCUUCUGGAUGACCCUCUGUCUGCUGUAGAUGUACAUGUUGGGAAACAUCUUUUUGAGAAGCUAAUUGGUCCUUCAGGUCUCCUAAAAAGCAAGACUCGUAUAUUGGUGACUCAUAACCCAAUGCUUCUGCCUCAUGCUGAUCUUGUAAUAGUAAUGGAAGAGGGCAGGAUAAGUCAAAUGGGGACCUAUCAAGAACUCAUUUCAAAGAGAGCUAAUUUUGCUGAGUUUAUUCCAGUCUUCAACGCAGAGCAUACAAGUGAAGAGACAACUCCAAUGGAAGUGAGUUCUUCAAAAGAGGGAAAACUGGGCAGGAGUCUGCAACAAAAAGGACUGCUGAAACAUAAAGAUUCUUCCUUUGAUCAAUGGAAAAUACUCACUAACAAUAAAGAAAAAGUUGCCACUGGAGGCAUGAAAAUGUCAGUUGUUUUGAAAUACCUCCAAGCCUUCAACUGGCAAUGGAUGUGGCUAACCAUAGCUGCUUAUUUAGGACAAAAUGUACUAGCCAUUGGACAAAAUCUAUGGCUUAGCACCUGGACUGCAGAAACAGCAAAAGUUAGUGAUUUCACUGAAUGGAAGCAAUCACAAAACUAUAAACUUCAUAUCUAUGGGCUUCUGGGAUUUACACAAGGUCUUCUUGUUUGCUGCGGUGCUUAUGUCCUCACCAGGGGAUCCCUGUCUGCUUCUCGGGCGUUGCAUCAUCAGCUGUUAGACAAUGUACUGCAUCUUCCUCUUCAGCAUUUUGAAACUAAUCCAAUUGGUCAGAUCAUCAGUAGAUUCACAAAGGACUUAUUUAUAGUGGAUGUACGUUUCCAUUACUACUUACGAACUUGGCUGAAUUGUACACUAGAUGUAAUUGGAACCAUUCUAGUUAUCACAUCUGCCUCACCGCUAUUCAUAUUGGUAGUUAUUCCCUUGGGAUACUUUUAUUUUACUAUCCAACGAUACUACAUAGCCAGUUCACGACAAAUUCGACGGCUAGCAGGAGCAUCGCAUUCUCCUGUGUUCUCCCACUUCAGUGAGACUCUUGUAGGGCGAUCAACAAUUCGAGCAUUUGGCCACCAAGAGAGAUUCAUUAGAAAAAAUAACGACGUUGUGUAUGAGAACUUGGUUUACUUCUACAACAACAUUAUCUCAAACAGGUGGCUAUCUGUCAGGCUUGAAUUUCUGGGAAAUUUAAUGGUGUUCUUUGCUGCACUCUUUGUGGUACUGGCUGGAAAUACAGUGAGUUCUUCUACAGUGGGUUUAUCAAUAUCCUAUGCUCUAAAUAUAAUUCAGAGUCUAAAUUUUUGGGUGCGUAAAGCGUGUGAAAUCGAGACCAAUGCAGUUUCAAUUGAAAGAGUUUGUGAAUAUGCAAAAAUGGAUAAAGAGGGACCAUGGAUAAUGUCAAAAAGACCACCACUGGAGUGGCCCGACAGAGGAAUAAUAGAGUUUGUUAACUACAAGGCUCAGUACAGGAAGGAUCUUGGUUUAGCCCUGAAUGAUGUCUCUUUUCAGACACAGAGUAAAGAGAAGGUUGGAAUCGUUGGAAGAACAGGAGCUGGAAAAUCAACACUCACAAAUUGCUUGUUUAGAGUUCUAGAGGGAUCUGAAGGCAAAAUAAUUAUCGAUGGAAUUGAUAUAUCGACUAUUGGACUCCAUGACCUGCGUGGAAAUCUUAACAUUAUUCCACAGGACCCUGUCUUGUUUUCUGGGACACUGCAGUCAAAUUUGGAUCCACUUGGAAAACACUCUGAUUUUGAACUGUGGGAGGUACUGGAACUCUGUGACUUAAAGGAUUUUGUCCAGUCACUCCCAAAGAAGCUCCUUCAUGAGAUUUCAGAAGGUGGUGAAAAUCUCAGUGUUGGGCAGAGACAGCUGGUCUGUCUGGCCCGUGUUUUGCUACGAAAGACAAAAAUCCUGGUCCUAGAUGAGGCAACAGCUUCUGUUGACAUGGAAACAGAUAACUUGGUGCAGUCCACCAUCAAAAGAGAAUUUUACAACUGCACAGUAUUAACUAUAGCCCACAGGUUACAUACAAUCAUGGAUUCAGAGAGAGUGCUUGUUAUGGACACAGGAAGGCUUCUAGAAUAUGAUACACCACGUACUUUGUUACAACAAAAAGGCGCCUUCUCUGAAAUGGUUGCAGAGGCUGGGAUAAGAACAUAA